GUAGUGGAUCAAUUUCAACUUGACAGCUCGAGCUCCUCUCCUCGCGUUUACAGUAGAGCACACUGGAUUGAACCCUCGCAGAACGCACAACCGGACUAUUAGCGCUCUGCAAACAGCGUCGGGAAAAGCAGAAUUUGCUAUUUUCUUUUCAUUUGAAGGCUACACUUCUCAGUAAGACCUGCUGACCUGUCUCUAUCUCUCCUCCUGGACCCGUUGACAGCAGAGCCAGGAUGGAUGCUAACGCCAUAUUCUCACUUCUGUUGCUGUGUUCUGUCACUGAGCUGUGUGUGUUGGCGAGCCCUGAGGGGAAUGACUCCCAGCAGCAGCACUAUCCCCAGAACGUCUACCACGACAUCGGUGUCACCAGGAACACAAUAGUCACUGCUCAGUUUGAGUGCUAUCAGAAGAUCAUGAAAAACGACAAACACAACAAAAUAGGGCCAGUUUGUAACAGGACGUGGGAUGGCUGGCUGUGCUGGGAGGACACAGAGGCAGGCUUCACUACAAACCAGCACUGUCCAGACUACUUCCAAGACUUUGACACAGCAGAAAUGGCGUCCAAAGUGUGCAGUGAAACGGGUGAUUGGUUUCUACACCCAGAGAGCAACAGGACAUGGACAAACUACACCAAAUGUACAGCAUACACCAGCGCAGGAAGAGUGACAGCGAUGAAUCUCUACUACCUGGUUCUGAUUGGACAUGGACUGUCGCUGACGUCAUUGUUCUUCUCAUUGGGAAUCUUUUUUCAUUUCAAGAGUCUAAGCUGCCAGAGGAUAACGCUCCACAAAAACCUAUUUUUUUCAUUUGUGUUGAACUCAGUCAUCACCAUCAUCUGGUUGACAGCGGUGGCUAACAACCAGGGACUAGUACAGAGCAACCCUGUGAGUAUGAUAACUAACAACCAGGGACUAGUACAGAGCAACCCUGUGAGUAUGAUAACUAACAACCAGGGACUAGUACAGAGCAACCCUGUGAGUAUGAUAACUAACAACCAGGGACUAGUACAGAGCAACCCUGUGAGUAUGAUAACUAACAACCAGGGACUAGUACAGAGCAACCCUGUGAGUAUGAUAACUAACAACCAGGGACUAGUACAGAGCAACCCUGUGAGUAUGAUAACUAACAACCAGGGACUAGUACAGAGCAACCCUGUGAGUAUGAUUACUAACAACCAGGGACUAGUACAGAGCAACCCUGUGAGUAUGAUGACUAACAACCAGGGACUAGUACAGAGCAACCCUGUGAGCUGUAAGGUGAUCAUGUUUAUUCACCUGUACCUGUUUGGCUGUAACUACUUCUGGAUGCUGUGUGAGGGCAUCUACCUGCACACCCUCAUCGUCGUGGCCGUGUUCGCUGAGAAACAACUCCUCAUGUGGUACUACCUGCUCGGAUGGGGAUUUCCACUCAUACCUGCAUUGAUACAUGCAAUAGCACGAAGCUACUACUACAAUGAUAAUUGUUGGAUCAGCUCAAACACAUCCCUGCUGUAUAUCAUCCACGGUCCCAUCUGUGCUGCCCUGCUGGUGAAUCUGUUCUUCCUGUUGAAUAUUGUGCGUGUCCUCAUCACCAAGCUGAAGGUGACCCACCAGGCUGAAUCUAGCCUCUACAUGAAGGCUGUGAGAGCCACCCUGAUCCUGGUCCCUCUCCUGGGCAUCCAGUUUGUCUUGUUCCCCUACAAACCCCAGGGACGCGUCGCCUUGGAGAUCUACGACUAUAUUAUGAACAUCCUCAUGCACUACCAGGGUCUCCUGGUUGCCACCAUCUUCUGCUUCUUCAAUGGGGAGGUCCAAGGUGUUUUGCGAAGGCACUGGAACCAGCAGAGGAUCCAGUUUGGUAGUAACUUCGCCCACGCAGAUGUCUUCCGCUCAGCCUCAUACGUGGCGUCAUCUCUGACGGAGGUGCACCGCUGCUACAGCAUUGACGGGCACACCGAACACAUGAACGGCAAGAACAGCUACCACGACAUCGAGACUGUGACACCCAUCAUACUCCGGUCGGAAAACCUGUUUGCCUGAGAACUGAGGCUGAAGGUCGGAGGUCGAAGGUUUGGGGCCUGGGUCUUCUUGACCUCUGUACAGUUACACAGUGGCAGUUAAACUUUCAGUUGAAAUGGCUGCAGACCAUUUGGAACUCAUUUUCCACCAUCUUCUACAACACCUUCACAACGAUUGGAUGAUGGUGAAAAGUACAUUAACAUUUAUAGGGAGCACUACUCAACAUCUUGAUCUGGUAAAUACAGUUACCUUCAACUGAUUCACUUUAACUUUAUGAGGACUGAAUAGGCACUUAACUAGAGACACCUCUAGUAAAGGAAUGGACACUCCCUACACUACCUUAAGGAAUAUAUCUUGCCGUUUCAUCCUGUGGACUGAAGAGCCUGCGACUCUACAACAACCUCUAACCCAACAGGAGUACAGUGCAAUUCACUUGUUGGGCCUACUGGUGAUAUAAUGACUUCCAUUCUGUAAAGGACAAAGGAAACCUAAUGUACAUGGACCUUAAGCACUGGAUGAUGUAUUCAGAUGGACAGGCUCUUUAUGGCUCUUUUAGACAAGACAAGAAACUGAAGGUCACAGUGGAUUUUUUGAUACAGUGUACAAUUACAAUUGUUUUCUUUAAUAGCAAUUAGUAUUGAAUGUGUUACCAUGUGUUGUUAUCUGUGGUUUGAAUUUGCAUGGUCAUCGAUGUCUACUUAUUUAUAACUAUGUUACAGUAGUACAUGAUGGACCCAUUAGAAUGUAUUUCCCUGUCCAGCGGUCCUCUCCCUUCUGUCUAGACUAGGUUUUAGUCCCUCUGUGGGAUUUUAUGUCUGGCACAUAAAAUGACCUUGGUUUUGCCUCA